GUCCCAGGGCAUUAUACGCAUAGCGCUCAUAGUUUUUUGUAGAUUCGUUCAUGAAUUUUUCAAAAGAGAGCGAUAGUUUGUUUCACGAUGGGAGCACGAGAGCAAGAUUUUGCUAUUAUUUUUCCACAUCAUUACACGAUCUGCAUGGCGGUCCAGUACUAACUAGUAGAAGCUCCGGAUCAACAGAGAGUCUACUGCGACGAGAAAGAAAUACAAAUACCGUAAACGGCGUUUGUUCUUCUACCGAGCAAGGAUGCAACCUGGACCGAAGCGGGUAGUACGCAAUCCGUUAACAAGUGUCGGAAAUGAUGCCGUCCAAGCGACCACGCGCCCGGCUGCGGCGAAUCCGUUGUUCGCGGCACCUGACCCGCUUGGGGCAGUGCCGCCCAACCCCCUCGCUGGCGGCGGCGGUGGGAGUGCCAGCUCAACGAGACCGGCGCCCUCUCCUCUUGCGCGGGCGCAGCAACAACCAAACCCGCUCGCCCCACAGCAGCAGCAGCAGCAGGUAGCGAACGCCGCUAUGCAGCAGGAGGCCCAGCGACGGCAGCAGCUGAUGGCGCAGCAGCAGGAACAGCAGCGACGACAGCAGCAGAUGCAGCAGGAACAGCAGCAGCGUCAGCACCAGGAGGAGCUGCAGCGGCGGCAGCAACAGGAACAGUAUCAGCGCCAGCAACUGCUAGAACAGCAGCAAAAACUUCAGCGACAGCAAGAGGAGCUGCAACAGCAGCGGCUCGAGCCGCCACCAAGAACUACAACAACAGGAGGCCCCGGGGGACGAAGCAGCGCCAACGACAGUCCCCUCGCCAGCCCACCACCGCAGCGCAGUCCGCAACCGCAGGACCACUCAACGCAGCAGCUGAAGCCCCAACCUCCACCACCCAACAUACCACCUAUGCAAGAGGGAGGCCGAGGUGCUCGCGGUACUACCGCUGGCUCGGUCGAUCGGGUACUUAAAAUAUUGUUUUGUUCUUGGUGCCGUACCUGCACUGUUGUUUCUCCAACUCUAUACAACUUGAGGACAUAUUAUGCCUGAGGUAUUCUUCUUGUUUUCAAACUCAAAUCCUCAUCUUACGGGGCUCGCUGUACUUGUGGUACCACUUCUAGGCCUGCAUCAUGAAGAGGAGUUUUCGUGUCACGUCGUGAUCGUGGUGAAAAUGCAAGAAGAUUCUUCAUCUUUCAACUACAGGUUCGAGCUCUGGUAAACAGCGUGAUCAGCGCCAGCAUUGUGCGAGCGGAGACGAAAAGCGGGCUGCUGCAGUCGCAUACGACGUACGUGAUCAAAGUGAAUGACUUCGGACGGGAAUACGAGGUGGAGCGGCGAUUCACAGACUUUGAAACCCUUCACUCUGACUUGUCUCGCAUCUGCGGCACAGACGCAUUGCCGCGCAUGCCCGAGCGCGGUUGGGGCACCAGCACGGACCCGAACACCGUGGAGGAACGGAAGCCCAAGCUGAACGUGUUGCUGCAAGCUUGCCUCGCGAACAAGGAGGCACUGUUUGAGAAGAGCAACAUCCUUUGGAACUUCCUGGAUCUGACCCUGCCCAGUAUCUUCUGUACGCGCGCCAUCCUCCACGGCUUUAACUUUUGCUCGAACAAUCUGAUCGGCGACCUUCGUAGCAGCGUGGACCAGCACACGACCAGCAACAGCACGCAGGGCGAGGGGGACGGGCAGCGCAGCAGCAAGGAGGCGACUCCGCACCAGCCGCGGGGGACCACCAGCACCAGUGCUGACAACGCGUCCACUAGGAACAUCAAGGUGGUGUCGAAAGAUUUGGUGUUUUUCUUCGCGCAACUUCACAAACUCGCUGCGGACGCGAAGUACGAGACGGAGCGCUACCGCCUGGAACACGCGACGAUGUUUAAAAUCGUGCUGGGCUUGCUCGAAGAGGUUGAGCCGGGCGAGCAGGGAAGCGUCGCCGCGGAACCCGACCGCCCACCGGUGUCGCCCAAACCGGCCGCCGAAGAUCUGGGCGGCGAACAGCAAUUUGUGCGCGCCGAGCGGGGCGAGGGGGGCGGUGCCGGCGCCGGUAGCGGCGGCGCGGCCGGAAGUAGCAGUUUUUUUUCCUCGGGCGGCGCAACCAGCAGCACUGGUGCAGCUGGUGCCAGUACUAGCACCGGCACGACAAGCAAGCACGGGUCCGACCAGGUGAUUGCGGCCUGUGCGGAGAUCCUAGGCCACACGUUGCGCAAGUCCGAGGCCAGUCGCACACUCUUCCUCAAAGACAAAGGGAUCGAGAAGCUCUUCCGCGUUAUUCGAAAGGAAAAGAUCCUGAACCUACGCGUCAAGCGCGUCUUCUCCUCGCUUCUCAGUUGCGUCGGCGGGGACACGCUCGGAGAAGCCCUCGCGUCGGCCUUGGUCAGCGACCCCGCCGCCGACGCCAAGCCAGGAGCGAGGACCAAGCCGAAGCUCCUAGAGGUGCUCACCGACCUGGCUGAUAGCAGUCGGGAUGCCAGUUUCCACGACUUUUUGUCCAAGAUGCUCUGGUUUGUGUGGGACUGCGAAAGCGUGCAAAACUUCUUCGUCGACCAAGGUCUCUUCUUGCUCUCCCGCCUAUUCGUGGUAAUAUGCUCAAGCAAUAUUUUUUUAUUUUUGCAGCGUGAUGUAACUCUAAGACUAAGUCUAACUGAAACUAAGUCAUGAAUGAGAAUGCCAUGGGAGGUUAAAACCACGAGAACGACCUUGUCCUUGCAUGCAAGCAAGACCGAACUACAGCAACGCUGAGUCACGAGUCUUCCGUUUGAAACUUUGAAUUUCCAUUAGCAAAUGCCUCAAAAAAUUAAUUUAGGUGAACAGUGUGAUCACGCGACUCUACACCGCCCUGAUGUUCGGCGUCAUGCUGACCAACCAUUUACUGGACGAGCGCAAGCGCACGCGCGUCGAAGAGGGCUUGUGUCAGCUCAUGCACGAGCUGGAGCCGUUGGCGUUUAUGGGUCAGUUGCGGGCGGCACAACAGUCCGCAGGGGACGUCGACCCCCACGAGCAGGCACUAGCCAACGGCGCCAGCGCAAAUGGGCUCGCGAACGGAGAUCAUUCGCAGGCUACGAUGAUCACCGGACUGCUUAACAAAUACGUGCCUGGAGCAGCGGCGGGAGACGCCGACGGGCGACGCGACAGUACCUCCACCGAAGCUUCGGGUGUUGUGGUAGGGAACAGUGCGGCUUCGUCCUCCACCAUGGAUCCAGGCCUCCGUGCCUUCCACAGCGAGCUUAUGCAAAUCGGGAACUUGCAGUCUUCUCUGAUCAAAAUACACAGCUGUCUUGCCGACACAGGGAAUGUUGUCGCCGCCAAGCUUGCGCUUUAUGUCCUCCGCGAGGCCCGCCUUCGCCCGGAAUACCUUUGCAGGUAUAUCUUCUUUAGAGUCAACUUUAUUAAUUUUAUGUAGCGGCUAUUUCUCGCUUCCAAAUCUUGUUCGGUAUUGGUUGCGAGUUCUACUGUCAGUGAAGAAUCAUCAGUCGGACGUUAUACGGAAAACCAAGACUUUUGUGCCUUCCAUUCACACAGGUUUUUCCCCGCCUUGCGCCCCUGGGUAGUGCACGAAAUUGCGGGACACCCGGAGGCUCAGUGCGUAGCCGCCGACAUUCUGCUCGAAAUGACACUCCAGCCUGCAAGUCACUACGCCGAUAAAGCGGUCGGGGGAGGCGAGGGCGCCGGAGAAGAGUCCAUGAUUCCUUGGUACGAAUGAUUUCUUGUAUACUGUCCCUGCUCUAAGACGCGGAUUCAACACGGACACUGCUUGGUUUUGAAUCGCGGAAGAGAAAAAGAAUACUAGCCCGCCGACAUUUUUGAAUUGACCGCCUAACGCUCCUAACUAUGACACUCCUUGUACGCAGGUACUUUCAAGAUGGCGAGCUGGAAACAGCACUGCACAAAGCACUGAUGCGCAAAGUGGAGUUUGAGAGCGGCAUGUUGCGUCAGCACCUCGAACAGGCCGCGCAGAUGAUGAACGCGCAACUGGAGUUCAGCGCACAGCGGAUGCUGAUCCAGCCCCCACGAAGCCUGGUCUUGCACUUUGAGAAGAGCCGUCAGGCCACCAGUCCGCACCUGGGCGGGGAGCAGAGUUUUUUCGCGCCAUUGGAGCAGCAGAUGGCCGACUAUGAGCGCAGCCGCGCGCAUUUGAAGGCGGCCUCCGAAGCGGCGGUGCGCGCCAAGGGCGGCGUCACCAGUACCACCGAGCAGGUCAGCGGGGGCAAGCUCGCGAAGAUGGUGCCGAAGCUGCCCCUCGGCAUGACGGAGAGCAUGCAGCAACUCGGAAAGAUGUGCGAAAGUAGCCAAAGCCAGUUCUUCGAGGCGAGCCAGCGGAGCGAGGAGCUCGCUCGCCUCGAGGCCGCAGCGAAGACCGCGGACGAAGAAGUGAAAGAGGCUGAGAUGCAGGUUGGAAAAUUGCAGGGCGAGCGUUCGACCCAGCAAAUGCAGUUGCAGGAAAAGAAACUGCAGCUUUCAAAGCUCCAGCACCAGCUCUGGGAGGCGAAGAUGCAGGGGGGCAACCAGGGCGAAAUCGAGGGCCACGCCGCCAAUCUGCAGAAGGAGAUCGCCUCCUUGGAGGAGCGCGACGCUGCCGGCGAGGGCGCGCGCGUCAGCGCAGAGGGGCAGGUACUGGUGGAGCUUUUCUUUGCAACGAACUGUCUUUUUGUUUCUCAUAUACAGAAGAACUGAAGUCGGCGUUUGUUUCCUUAGGUUUUGUAUUCAACAGAGAUGAAAAAUCAUGAUGAGAAGUGAAGAAGCCCAACCUUCAUUUGUAGUCAUACAAGGCAGUGUUCUUAGCUAGAAGUGCAGUGAACCAGCAUCAAUGUCUACAUCACAUGAGGCUCGCGCGGCGACCGAGAAGCGGGCUCAGCUACUGGAACAGCUCCUGCACCAGCGGGAAGCCUGCCGAACGGGGAACGUUACGCAGCUCCGGGACUCCCUGUUGCAGCAGAAAAACAAGCUGGUGGGUCCGUUUCGCAAGUUUCAUCGCGAAUGGGAAGCAGUUAGCCAGGAGCUGCUUCGUGCGCACGCUACGCAGGCCCAGUUUCACCAGAAGUUGCGCGAUCUGGCAAGGGCGCUGCAGGGCGAGCAGCGAGAGCGCGCCGCGCUCGGUACCGCCUUGGCUCGCACGCGCGACGAGCUAAGCCACUUCGAACAAGCACUCCUAGUAAACGACCACGGCCUCGAAGAGGUCACAACCAGUCUACUGUAUUGAUACGGCUACCCAGCGCCAGCACGUUGUUGACGCGACUGCAAUCGCAAGAUGAAGAGACUACAUUGCCGAGCAAAAGUCACAGACUUUCAAAGAAAAAAGUUUGGAGGGAUGAUUCUCCUCGGCGUUGGAACUCGCAUAUCAUUUUCACUUGCAGUCGCAGCGCAUUUUCAAAGACCAGUUUGUUUUCAUCAGCGACCAGCAUCAGCGACCAGCGACAACAUAUGAAUCGAAGUUCGAAUCCAAUAAAAAGACGCAAUUAGAGCGACCCAUUGACAGGAAUUGGUCGGGUCGCUGACCACGUGAUAACUUGAAGUUUUCCUUUAC